CCAUCCACCCACGUGAGCCGCGUGUAACAAGGAACGGCGGAACCCGCGAGGAAAAGGUUACAUUGUAGCCGUCUUUCUGCCGCUCGCGCGCCCGCGCGCAGGCGCGGAAGAGGGGGGGGAAAGGAAGCGCGGCCUCCAGCACGUGUGAACGUCCGGCGGGACCCGUGUCGGGUCAGGUCUGCCCUCCGCGGCCGCCGCAGCUGCUCUUCUUCCCGGCCGGGACUUCCUCGCGGUCCAGCCGGGGCUCGCUGGGCCCGCCCGCCGGCCGCCCUCGCUUCCAUGGCCGGCGGAGGCUGGACGCUGCCCGGAGGGGAUUUCCUCUCCCCGCAGCCGCCGGCUUCCCAGCAGGAGCAACAGCCGCCGCCGCCGCCGCCUCCUCCGGAUGCCGGGGCGAGGAAGCCGGCCGUGGAGCCGUGGCGGGAGGCGCAGGAGAGCGACCGGCACUGGGGGCUGCGCCGGCAGUUCCUGCUCCGCAACCUGCCGGGCUACCCGGGCGCGGACGCCUUCCAGCAGCUGCUGGGGCUCUCGCACGUCUGGAGCAACCACGUCUUCCUGGGCUGCAGAUAUGGCUCCCAAGUUAUGCAGAAAGUCCUGCGGAUGGCGGAAGGGAUUGAUGUGGGUAAGAUGCCGUCCUUUGAGCUGGUGCCGGGCACGAAGACAGCCAAAAGACCCCGAUCUCCACGUGAUGACUCUCCCCAAAACUGCAAGAAUGCAAGAAAGCAAGCUCCCAAAUUCCGCGUCCGGCCGCGCUUUGAGCCCAUCCACUUUGUCGCCAGCAACACUCAACCGCCAUCGAAAGAAGAGUCUUCAGAAAACCAAGCCCAAGACACUUCGGAGAAUAUCACAGCCCAGCAGAUCCAAACUUACGCUGAUCGGGUGUUUAGCAGCUUCGGCACCCAAGACAGGGACUCCCAGUUCUCCAGUUCAGUAGGCCUUGGCUAUGGAAGUAGCCAGGUCAAACCACCCGAAGGUAAAGUGGUUCCCAAAAGUACAGAGAUUUCUACUGCUGGGGGCACGACGACUUUGGUAGAUUCUGCUUUUCUCCAAUCCUCUUCCGAAACUUUCCCCAAAUCAGUAGUAACAGCCAAGCAGUGUUUCAUUAACAAGCUUGUAAUGGCCGUCUGCAACAAUCUCGCCAACCCCAAUUGUAGCGGUGGGCCAGACAAAAUUAACUACACGUAUCUUUUGACGCGGUCGAUUCAGGCUUGUAAGACCAACCCGGAGUAUAUUUAUUCACCCCUGAAGGACAUUUCGCCUGCCGAUCUCCCUAAGAAGAAGAAGAUUCUCAAAGAAGGUUUUGCCUGCGAGGUGAGGUGUCAGAAUGUCUAUCUGACCACGGGCUAUGCGGGCAGCAAAAAUGGUUCCAGAGACCGGGCCACUGAGCUGGCGGUGAUGCUGCUGCAAAAACCCGUUGAAGUCAAAGUGGUUCAGCGGAAGUUCAAGAGCGCCACGCGGGAGGAUUUGGUGGUGUGUGAAAGUGGGACCUCUUCGCUUGAAUUCCCGCCAGCGCUCAAACUGCCGGAUGACGUGAACCCCCCUGCAAAGGACAGUGUGUCGAGGCAGCUGAGUUCUGACCCGCAACAAGGGCCCAGCUCUGCCAAGCAUUGGACUAACUUUGUCCUCACCGAAAAUGCCAGCGACGCCAUUGGCAUUUUGAACAAUUCCGCCUCCUUUAACAAAAUGACUGUGGAAUACAAAUACGUGCUGAUGCCCAACCGUCUCUGGCGUUGCAGUGUCUAUUUGCAAGGGCACUUCUUGGCUGAAGGCUGCGGCACUAAGAAAACCAGCAAGCACGCCGCGGCAGACGAAGCCGUGAAAAUUUUGCAGAAGACUCAGUCCAACGUGAGUGCCACCAAAGCCGUCCAGGUCCAGAAAGUCAGUGGGGCUGCCCGCAACCCCGCGAGGAAGAAGAAUCUGAAGGACCUGGUGGUGUACGAAAACUCCAUGAAUCCGGUCUGUACUCUGAACGACACCGCUCAGUUCAACAAGAUGACGGUGGAAUACGUCUUCGAAAGGAUGACCGGCAUGCGGUGGAAGUGCAAAGUGAUGCUGGAGAACGAAUUGAUUGCCGAAGCAAUCGGCGUCAAGAAGAGUGUCAAGCACGUAGCCGCCGAGGAGGCCGUGAAAGUCCUCAAGAAGACCCAGCCCACCGUGGUCAACAACUUGAAAAAAGGCACCAUUGAAGACGUCAUUUCCCGGAACGAGAUUUGCGGCCGCUCGGCUGAAGAAGCCUUGAAGCAGCAGAUUAAGGAAGACAACAUUGGGAAUCAGAUUUUAAGGAAGAUGGGCUGGACGGGGGGCGGUUUGGGCAAAAGCGGGGAAGGGAUCCGGGAGCCCAUUGCGGUGAAGGAGCAGUUCAAAAGAGAAGGGCUGGGACUGGAUGUCGAAAGAGGCUCCCAGAUCACCAAAAAAGAUAUUGAGCAGAUCAUCCAAAAUUACGCUUUCUCGGACAGGAAGAUCGAUCUGACUUUUUCCACGGAACUCACCAACGAUGAGCGGAAACAGAUUCAUCAGAUAGCCCAAAAAUACGGGCUUAAAAGCAAGUCUCAUGGGCAGGGCAGGGAUAGGUACCUGGUGGUCAGCCGAAAGAGGCGUAAAGAAGAUUUGCUGGACCAGCUGAAGCAGGAUGGACAAGUUGGCCAUUACGAACUCAUCAUGCCACAGGAGAAAUAGGGAGCGAGCCUUAAAUUUUUCCCGGGGGGGGGGGGAGUCUGGUCAGGAGCUAAAUUUUCAUUAAACGGGGGGGAAAAAGACAUUGUAUAUUGUUGUGGAAAAAAACCAGCUCAAAUGUUUCUCCUGCUUAUUUUAAUUUCUGAAACUUUACUGGAAAACAGGGCAAUCUUCUGUCCAAAUCCACGUUGUGCAGUCUGGAUGGCAUCUGUGCUGUUUGCCUGUUUUAAGAACUGUCAGAUACAACUUUUUUCCCCCCCUUCAUGUUUUAACUACUUUGGUAAUAGCAGAAUAUCUACUCAGCAGGGGAGGAGAGGGACUCUGGCAGAGUUUUAAAAAGGAUGUUUUUAUUUUGCCCCCCCCCCUUUUUUUUUUUUUUUUUUAAAAGAGGGAGACAUGGAAAGACAGCCGUUUAAAGAGAACUAUAUGCACAGGGGCUCUUAAUAGAUUUUUAUGGCUGGGCAUGCAUGGAAAGGCAUGUUUUAUAUUUAAAAUGGGCGGGCGUAGAGGCACAGAAGUAUUUUCAGCGUAUUCAGAAAUAUCACAAUAUUUGAGCGCUUGGUUGACUUAAACUGUGCAAACCAGAACAGGCAGCAGAAUGAGCAAAUCCUAAAACAUCUUUUUUUUUUUUUAACUACCCAACAUCUAGCCUAGUCCCAAUUCUCCGUUUCAUUGGACAGGGUGUGGUUUGUCACAACUAACGGUUUAAAACUGUAGUCUUUUAAGUUUCAUCAACCUCAAUGGGGGAAAAUUGCACCUGGCCAAAAUCUCCUUUUCAGAUUUCUAGCCCUCUGGAUUAUAACUACUGUAAGUGGCAGCUCAGGUCAGAGAUUGUGAACGCCACGUUGUUGGGGUAUAUACGGAAGGACCGCCUGGCUGGGUAGCAUCAGAGUUAACAAAUUAGCCAAGGCUUAUUGCCUAAUUUGUGCAAUUCCCAGCAGUUCCAUCAUUUGUGAUAUGAGGCAGGAGCUUCUACAUUUCAAAACAAGGCAAAUGUGUAUUAUUGUAUUUUCCAUCCGCUUCGGAGGAUGGGGCAUUUCCUGUGCCCUGUCAGGCUUAUUUUAAUCGGAGUGGGCAAGAUGGGAGUUCCAGUUUUUUCUCUGAAGCCCCUAGAUAUUACUCUGUUUCCUUUGUGUAAAUGUGCUUAUAUAUUUCACAGGGAGAUCAGCAAGUAAAAGGUUCUCUCGCUGAAGUA